GGGAGGUCCCGCUGUGACUCAGGGUGACUCCCACACAAGCACAGGUGGACACAGCAGUGAGGCUCCAAGGUGGCCAGGGCAGGGGAAGAAACAGAAAAGGCCAGCUCUGUGCCCAGCCCGCCCCACCCUCUGUGUCAACAAAGCGGGCCUCAUAAAGCCUUCAGGUGGCUGGGCCGGGCUCAUUUCCUCCUCAGCCCUGACAGCCCCACCACCAUGACAGAGCUGGAGAGGGGCAUAGGCCUGAUGGUCCAGGUCUUCAGCCGGUAUUCAACCAGCGAGGGCAACAAGCAGACCCUGACCAAGAGCGAGCUGAAAACGCUGAUGGAGAAAGAGCUCCCGGGCUUCCUGCAGAGCGGAAAGGACAACGACACUGUGGACAAACUGAUCAAGGACCUGGACGCCAAUGGAGACACCGAGGUGGAUUUCAACGAGUUCGUGGUGUUUGUGGCCACGCUUGCUUCCAUCUGUCACAGCUUCUUUGUGAAGGCAGCGCCCAUGUGAAGUCCUGGGCUGCAGAUUCCUACCGGGGUGCUUGCAGGGGCUGGGAGCAGGUUCCUGGCUUCCAGAGAGCCCACUGUGACUCCCCACUGCCACUGAGCCUGCUGCUGGUGCCACUUUGAUGAAUAAAGGCUUGUGAGAUGGUACCGGCCUUAGAGAGUCU